CGGCCGCGCUCCCUCAGCGCAGUCGGCGGGAAAUUUUAAAUGGCGGCGCUGCGCUGAGGUUCCGCGGGUUUGAAGUAAAUGUCUUGUCUUUCCUCCCCGCCCACCCUCAUUCGGCCGGGUCCAGGCGCUAGCGCCGAUAACGGCAUAAUGGGUUUGAAAGCCUUCAUGUACCCUCUGCCAGAGACACGGUUGAUCCAUGCGGGGAGGACCGUUUACAAACUCAAAAUGCGUUACAGUCACCACAUCAGAGAAGACUUGGGAAUCAACAGAGAGCAAGUUGGACAAGAGUUAGAGGAAUCUAUUCGUGCAGUGCUUGGAAAUCUAGACAAUCUGCAACCAUUUACCACAGUGCAUUUCACCAUCUUCCCGUAUAAAAACAAGUGGGAAAGGUUGUCAGAACUGCGGUUUAAACAAGGAAGCAGGGUCCUCAUCUCUUAUCCAUAUGUAUGCACCUUGUAUAUUGAACUGAGAGCCAGUCAACAGCAUUCAUAUGCAGCUAAGGAUGAGAGUCCUCUGACUGAUUGUAGCCUUGCCGAGAAUCUGACCCGAGAGGCAGUGGCCACAGUGGCGAACGGAGCGAAGAAGAAGGAAGUAGAGAGGUCACAGUUGCAGCAGAGUAGGAAAAGGGCGAGGAGUGCCACUGACAUCAAUGAUAAAGAGUACAUGAACGACUCAAGCAAGGCAGGCAGGAAGAAGAGACAGAAACAAGUGAAGAGACCGGCCCAAGUCAACACCCCAUGUGGCAGGCAGACCAGCUCUACUGUGUCCGACAAGUCUCCUGAUGCCGUGGUCCUUUCCAAUGACAAAGACUGCAAGGAGCCAACCAAUUGCCAGCAACAGCCAAAGCCCAGCUCACUGAAGACCAUCGCGGGAGGAAUCCUCAAGUUUUUAAGCAGCGCCUUCCUCCCAUUCCACAUGAUUUUUGGCACAAAGCGACCACAAUAGCAGCUGCCGCCUCCAAGCUGUGAGGAUAGACGGCUUCAGAUGUCUGCUUCAACACUGACUGUUUGCAUUGUUUCAGGACUGUUACCUUGGCCAGGUUUCUUUCAAAAUGCAUUUGGAAAUAUUGUAAGUAUGAUUCGUGGUUAUUUAAUUGGAACGUCACUGUGGGCAGAAGUGAUUUCUGUCCGUCUUUGUUAUGUUUUUUGUGAGUGUAUUUGAGGAAUAAUUUUACCGUGACUGUCAAACAGAUGAGUAUAGUUAAACCCAGCUCUCUACCUGCACCAUCUUCCCUUUGCAACCAUGGUACUGGUCCGGAAUCUAUUCUGAUCCACCUCCUUCAGUGGCAGGAGAAUGGUUGACCCCCUCCUUUCUUUGACCCAGGGGUACUUAGGUCUAGAGGUCCUGUCAGUGCCCUAGCCCUGAUCGAACCUGUGGUUUCACUGUUCAUUUCACAUUGAGAGAGUUUCCCAUCUUGUUAAAAUGUCCUUUCGGUGAAGCAUGUGGCUGAUAUAAAGUUGGUGUUGCCUUCUGUGUCGUUUGUUGUAUAAUAAAUAAACCUGUUUGGAGGACACUCGUAUCUCAGCCCUCCCUCCUCAACUGCCAAAGCACACUGGAAGCACUUGACACAGAGCUGCAGAGUCAAAGUCACGUUCAUUGUCAUAUGCACAAAACCAACAAGGAACAACUUUGUUCACCAUCUACACUCAACAGCCACUUUAUUAGGUGUACCUCGUAUGAGUGUGAUUAACAUAGAACAUAGAAAUCUACAGCACGUCACAGGUCCUUCAGCCUACAAUGUUGUGCCGACCGUGUAACCCACUCUAGAAACUGCCUAGGAUUUCCCUAACGUAUAGCCCAUCUAUAUAUAUUUUUCUAUGCUACGUGAACCUAUCUAAGGCUCUUAAAAGACCCUAUUGUAUCCGCGUUCACCUCUGUCGCCGGCAGUGCCUUCCACGCACUCACCACUUUGUGUGGAAAAACUUACCCUGACAUCCCCUCGGUAUCUGCUUCCAAGCACCUUAAAACCGUGCCCUCUUGUGUUAGCCUCUGGCUAUCCACAUGAUCAAUGCCUCUCAUCAUUCAUCUUUCAUCCUCCGUCGCUCCAAGGA